AUGUCGGACUCGGGUAACUGGCGGGAUUCGUCAAAUUGGAGGAUGGGAGUUUCGGGGCCAUCACCGGCUAGAAACCCCAGAGCCCCUUAUCAAAGCCGCACAACAACUUCGUCUUGGAGAACAAAUCACACUGAUACCGCUGCCGGCGAUGGGGAGCCUAGAAGUGAACCUCGUCCUCGACAGCGGAACAAUUGGGUUCCCGGAAGCCAUCACAUCAACCGCGAGAGGUCAAAUGGAAACCCCCAGUCUGAUGAGAGCAGUGUCGCGAAGGCCAUCGCUGAGGGGCGUCGCAUCUAUAUAGGCAACUUGCGAUAUGAAGCUAAGCCAGACGACAUCGAAGAGAUCCUCAAGGCCAACGAGCUUGGAAAUUUUGAGUCUAUCCACAUGUCUAUAGACCAUUUCACAGGCCGGAACCCGAGCUACUGCUUCGUCGAGUUCCCGGACCGCGACUCUGCUGACCGCGCCAUGACUACGCUCAAUGGAAAGGUUCUCCUCGGUAGGGAGGUCAAGUGCCGACCGUGUGUGCCGAAGGGCAGUGAUAGUCAAAAAUCUGCCGGCUUAGAUCGCUGGAGUCGCUGGAAUAAGGGCAGUCCCCGCAGUGAGCAGACUCCCGAGUCGGGAAAAGAAGGUCUGCGGUAUAAGAAAGAUUUCGCCGGCCAACGUUUAUACGUUGGUGGCCUGUCUAGGACAUUUGACCACGCGACGAAUUCUGCCGAGAUGAGCGAGUUGUUCAAAGAUUUCCAGGUCGAUGCGAUCAGCAAGAGAAUCAUGGCCAACCAAUCAGCGCGCUCGAAGCCUGGCAAUCACGAUUACUGUUUCGUAGACUUCGCCACGCCAGAGGAAGCUCAGGCGGCUAUGGAUGCAUUGAAUGGUAUCGACUUCCGCGGCAGCAAAUUGAAAGUAAACCUUGCCAGUGGGCGGUCGCCCAAAUGGCAGGAAAGGGAUAAUCUCAAUGCUAAUGACGCAGAUGAGCCGAUCAAGCAGGAGAGUGAAAUUCAGGCGUAA